UCUGUCUAUGCGUUGCUGUGUGUUUGUGUGUGUGUGUGCUGCCCUGACUGUCGUACGGCAACAGCAUCCAACGCCAUGACCCGUCUGCUGCUCGGAGCCGUGCUGCUGGGAAACCUGGGCGUCUGUGCCACAGAACAAGCGAUGCUUGCUCCACCUGCCCAGGUGAGGUUUGACUCUGUGGACUAUAAAAACAUUCUGCACUGGACUCCGCCCACCAGCAACACCUCACUGCAGUACUACAUCCAGUGGAAGAUUUAUGGCGAGACUCAGUGGUUGGAUGUGGACGGCUGCCAGGGGAUCCGGAAGCAUCACUGUGACCUCAGUGACGUGACCUCUGACCCCAGAGAGUGGUACUAUGCCAGAGUGCAUGCUUCCAAUCUGCCCUCCAGCAAAUCAGCCUGGGUCCUCUCCCCCAGGUUCAGCCCACGCUGGGACACAAAGAUCAGCCCGCCUGUGCUCAGGCUGAAUGUCACUGAGCAAGGGAUUGUGGUCCGUGUGAAGGCCCCUCGACCGCUGGUCCGGAAGAUGCACAGUAGUCUGCACUACAACAUCUACCUCAUACACACCGAUGGAAAGGAGGAGCUGUUUGAGAUGGACUGCUGUUCUAACAAGCUGACUCUAAAGGAGCUGAGCCACAAGGCGAAGUACUGCCUCCAGGCCCAGACCGUGAUCACCUUGCAGGCCAAGCUUAGCGCUCGUAGCUCCCUGAAAUGUGCCACUAUGCUCUGAUCCCACACAGACAAACUACCGACACGAUACACUAAACGGGCGGACUUGUCAUCCAUCAGUUUUAAUCGUCCAUCGCUACCUCGACGGCUGCAGCCACAAAUAUCUGUGCCAAUAAAUGUGAUGCACUUUAGGACACAUUAAGGAUCUGACACUUGAAUGACUCCAGCCUCCAGGGCACCGUACCUACACUGUUCCACUCGAGAAGCUUUUUUUUUUUUUUUUUUUUCUUUUAAAUUUUGUUUACUGUGAAAAGUAGUUUGACAAAAAUAAUCUUAACUCAGUAUUCACUUACCAGCUUGUUUCCCUCGCUUGUGAGUGGACCUUGAGUUAAAUAUUGACUAAUAUCUCGUUCAGCUUUCGAAGGGCAUUCAGCAAUUUUUUAUUAUAUUUUAUGUUUUGGUCUUUACAUUUCUGAGUAAAGCGCAGGGAUGGGUGAGCUCAGGUGACGGGGACUCUGUGCAGUCCACUUUGGUGAUCUGAUGAGUAAUUACAUACAAUAUUCUGUGCCUGCUAACAUUUGAAACAGCUGCUGCUUAUUGGCUUAAUUGUCGCCAUAGAGCUAAGCGCUAAUUGCUAAGCGCGAGACCUAAUUUAAAAACCUUACCACUAAUCUUUUGCUGUUCAGCUGCAAUGGUUUGAGAAUGUAUCGUGCCCGACGUACCUGUUGCAUGUGUCACACUACAAAUAAAAAGCCACAGACACUGUUCA